CACGGGAUCUUCUUCGUUUCUUUGCAUUCGAUCUGCCAACAAAUCUCGCGAUCGAUGCGUCAUUUUUUCGACAUUUUUAUUUUGAUUGUAGCGACCGUUUUCCAAAUCCGUCGUGAACGACGACUAGUGGAGUUGAUUUUCAACUCUCUCUUAUUCGUUUUCGUAGUGCUCAUUCCAUCGGACGGGAUGGAGGGUAAUAUUUCUGUGACCUGUGACUACCCAAUGUAAAUGUGUUACUGUAACCAAACAGUGUAAAUCGUGCGAGAAAAAAGAAAACGCCACUUCAGCAGAUUUUGUGCACAGAAAUAUAGAGCCGUUAUCGCAGCAAAUUUGGUCAAAGUUGCUCCCGUAGAGCAGGUGCGCUUGUAUGGAAAGAUGAAUUUCUCCGAUCUGGUGCAUCCGUGUAUGGAAUCGGAAGUUAGAGUAACUCAGUAAAUGUUGAUCAUAACUAUCUUUCGGCCUCAGUUUAUACUUACCAACAUUAAACCACCGGGAGUACAGUGUUUUACAUGUUGCUAAUGAAGCCACGAAAACGAAACGGCCAGCAAACAAGCUUUCGGUAAUAAAAAAAAACCGCGAUUGGUGAUAUUGUUUUUUUUUCCGAUUUUGUUUUUCGAGAAUAAGUGCAUGUACAGCAAAAAGCAGUGGCCACCGAAGUCGAAAUAAAAGUGAGAUCGAAUGUCGGGCGGAAUCGGUGCAUAGCAGAGAAGUGCCAGUGUGUGCAAUUAUUCCCCAUUAAAUGCGGACUCUACGGAAAGUUUGGUGCCCUGUGUGCUGCACAAAACGCUACGGCAAAGGUGACCAUCACUCGAGUGUCUAGCGAAACUGGUGUCGUGGCGAAUUCUACCACUGUUCUAUAUGGAAACAGUAGCCCUGAAGAACAGGAGUAGCAGUCGGAAGUAGCAGACGCCCCGAUCGAGAUGCCGUUCAAGCUGAAGCUAAAAAAAUCCCGACACUACAAUGUCAUGUCCAAGAGCUUGUUCGUGAUUUCCGUUGAUCAUCUAGACUCCUCAACGAAGAUAGACUGUACGCUGAGUUCGGAGAGCACGGGGCAGGAGUGUCUGGAAAAUGUAUGCCAGCGGAUAUCGAUCCAGCAGCCGGAGUUCUUUGGGCUCCGGUACGAGGUCAAAGGUAGUACCACUGGUGAAAUGCGCUGGGUCGACUUGGAUCGACCGAUCAGUCGGCAGCUGGAAAAGUUCUCGGCUAACAUGAAGGUGCUGUAUCUGCGGGUGAUGUACUACGUACUGUCCGGAGUGAGUUUGAUUCACGACGAGGGAACCCGAAACUAUUACUUUCUUCAGCUGAAGCACGACGUGGUGGAGGGAAGAAUCAACUGUGAUCCAAAGCAAGCAGUAAUACUCGCAAACUACAGCCGCCAGGCGGAAUAUGGAAACCACCAGGAUCGGCAUACGGUGGAUUAUCUGAAAACGCUGCUGUCGUUCCCACGGGAGAUGAUUCAGGCGGAUCUGCUGGAAACACUGACCGAGGAGGUAAUCCAUCAGGCUUACGAGCUACACAACGUGACCCAGGGAGCGGCGGAGAGUUUGUACAUUUCCGCCUGCCAGCAGCUGGAUGGGUACGGUCAGGAGACGUUCAGUGCCAAGGACGACAACGCAUCGGACGUUACAUUGGGAAUCUCCGUAUCGGGCAUCAUCGUGGCCAGCGAUACGAAUAAGUUCUAUCCGUGGCGUGAUAUUAAAAAUGUGCUGAAUCACAAAAAAUACUUCAACAUUGAGUGUUCCGAUGCCAACGAGAAUGUCAGGUUUACGGUUUCCGAUUCGACGACCGGAUCGUACAUUUGGCGAUUGUGUGCUCUGCAGCAUCGGUUCUUUGCGCGAUACGAAAAAAAUCAAACCCAAGCGAGUCAGUUGAAUCUGAACUUGUUUCAAAAUGAAAACAUUAACGACAGUCGCGAUGACCUGCUGAGUGAGAGUCAAUAUCAGAUUUCGUAUGCGGCGAUGGGUCACUUGAUGGGCUCGGCAAAUUGGCAGAGUAAUAACGAGCUGGCAGCCAGUUCUAAUGUGUGGAAUAAUGCGGGAUCGACGGUUGGAAUGAUGGUAGAGUCACAACCCUCCCCACUCGCUGCAUCAUCGAGCACAAAUGUCGGUAGUUUAGGAAAUUUAAACAACAAUAGUCUUAUGAAUGUCAAUGCCAACGUCGUGCAGUCGCGAUCGUCACUGCAAACCUCCGCACUAGAUAUCAACCUAAACUCGACUUCUCCGGUGCCAUUGGAAUAUUCGAAUCACGGAUCGAACUGGGCCAUUAAACCAGCGGGAUCCAAUGCAUCUCUUGUCAAUCGUGCCCAGAGUUCGUCCUGUUUGGAUCUGAGCAACAAUAAUAGCCAAGAUCGGGAACGGCUCAAAGCACUACUGCCGACCUACCGUCCAGCACCGGAUUACGAAACUGCCAUACAGCAAAAGCAUCGGAACAGCUCCAACGAUGUCCGGCUGAGUAACGGUAACCUGUUGCAUUUAUCUGCAUCGCAAAUGUUGGCCCAGGAUCCAGUGCAUAUUACCGGUAGUCAGCCUGACGUGUCAUACUACAACCAUUCGAUUCAACACCAACCCACGGUUCAUCAGCAGCCCUAUCCCGAUGUCACUCAUCACACGACGACGCCCAUGAUUGGUUCACACUACUCGGAUGCUUCCGAUUAUGGUCUAACGCAAAGAUUCAAAAUGAUGAGAUUAGUUAAACCACCACCGCCCUAUCCUGCCAAUCGACUCAGCUCAACAUCCACUCCGGACCUAGCUUCUCACCGUGCUCUGCUCGGCUUUCGGGGUGCUCAUGUGUCCGGAUCUAGUCCCGAUUUGGUUUCAACCCGUCCACUGGUGAACCAUCACCACGCUCAAUUCAUGCAAUUGUCUCAAAAUAACCAAAUCUUUUAUCCCGGCACACACCAACUGCGCCAUUCGCAGAAUAUAGUUCCGCAUGGAACGUACGAGAACCUGAACUUUGUCGAACCGAACAAGGCAGGCAUGAUUCCGGCAGCUCAGGGUGGCAAUCUAAUCUAUUAUGUCCCAAGAGAAGUGGAACAUCUGCUAAUUACCGAAGGAACCCAGUAUCACAACGGACCUAUCGGAAUAGGACCAAAACCCCAUCUGAACCGGUCGUCUCAACAUAUCAACGGUUCCAUUGAGCCCAUCUACGAGAACGUGCCGCAUCCGUGGAAAAACGAAAACGAAUCCCUUGGAGAAAUACGCAACCGAACAUCGAGCGUUCAGUCAGCCCCUGGCGUAAGCCGGCACAGCCAAGAAUCACACCUAACGCUCGCACAACAGCCUCCGACUUUCACCGUUUCGGAAAAACUUCCACCCAUCCCACAACCUACCCCGGAGGCAACAAAACAAACGCAGCUACCACAAGAUGCCACUUUUGCGAUUCCAUCGAAUAAACCCCAACCGCAGCAGCUUCAGGUUACUCAACCUGUCCCAGUGGCGAACACACCGGAACCAAUCAAUCGGUCACCUUCUACCAAAUUACUUUCCUCUUCUGCCUACUCCAGCUACGCACUGGACACAACCAGUUCAGUGGCCACCGGUUCCUUAGGCAACCAAAACCACCAUCAUACAUCGCACGAAAGCACCCACAACGACUCCGGCAUUAGCUCCAUAACGGCCUCGUCGCACGUGGGUAGCCACAACGCCAGCACUGUCACUACGACCUCCACUCCGUCGGUCAAGGAAACCAAGCGAAGAAAGAUCUGGGAUAUUCUCGGGGGUCGAUCGCGUAAUUCAUCCGACAAGCAAAAGAGUGCCACACUGGGCAGAGAGAAGGACCGAAAGAACAAAACGUCCACGAGCGGCGGUGGAUCGGGCAGUGGCGGAAGUGCCAACAGUUCCAUCAACGAUUCCGGCCAACUGAAACACCGCUGGUCGACGGGAAUGCCCCGGCAGCAACCGCUGCCAGCCAAUAUUAGCAAGGAAAAGUUGUGUUCACUGCUGGAAACGAAACUGGCCGAUCCGCAGUUGUACUGCGAGUUCGAACGGAUACCAAAACGUGUGGAUAAUGCCAAAUACGAUUGUGCUCUGGCGGAGGAGAACAAAAAUAAAAACUUCGAUCCUAAUUUCCUACCGUAUGACAACAAUCGGGUCCGAUUGACUCCGACGCGCGACAAUCGCACGGGUUAUGUGAAUGCGUCGCAUAUAACGAGCACUGUUGGCAAUAAGCAACGGUUCUAUAUCGUAGCCGAGAGUCCAAACGAUGCCUACACGACGAAUGUCUUUUGGCAGUGCGUUUGGGAGGCGGAUGUUUACCUAUUGGUUCAACUAUCCAAUGAACUGAGCUACAUUCCGAACACUAGCGAGCGGUGUCUGGAGUACGGCCAGUAUCAAGUGUGGCGAGAGUUCUCGCAGGAAACGGACCGAUGCACAACAUCGAAACUGCGAGUAUAUCACACGCAAUCACGUCGGUACCGUUCGGUUUGGCACAUUUCCUACAACGAGUGGGGAAAUCACAACUGCCCUCGCGAUGUUGGUCAUUUCUUAGGAUUCCUAGAAGAGCUGAACUCCGUACGGUUGGCAUCGGUAGCGGAGGUUCCUCCUUCGCACAACACCAACCCACCGGUUUUGAUUCACUGUAACGAGGGCGGUGGUCGGACGGGCGUUACUCUAUUAGCCGAUUUGCUGUUGUACACGCUGGAUCACAACCAGGAUUUGGAUAUUCCUCGCCUCAUAGGACAGAUCCGGCAGCAGCGGGACAACAUUAUACCAUCACUAGCACAAUACAAAUUCAUUCAUGCGUUGCUCAUUUACUAUUCGAGGCAAACGCGGCUCAUUUAAUCCGCUUUAGAAACGGAGUAAAAUGUGUCCGUUUUUUUGAAGUGUUGUCUUAAUUUACGAAAGUAUUCUACAGUACAGAAAAGGAAAGUAUUUUUGUAGCUAAUAUUGUUUUUUUUUUUUAAUUGUCAAGUUUCGAGUCGAACUACUUCAGAAAUUUUAUGAUACAUGAAUGUAUUUAAUAAAUAAAGAGUGCCUUAAGCGAGUAAAUUUGGAAAAGUAUUGGUACCGAGUAAAUGGUAAAUGUUUGUAUAUAAACGUUGAAAAUAGAUAAUUGCCAUUCUGAAAACACUGUACGACUUCUAUACUGUUUAAGUUAUGAGAUGGCAAAUGUGUGACUAGGUUAGCAGUGUUAAAUUUUGAACAAACGAGUAUUUUAUUCAAUUUUACUAUCUAACAAAUUUUAGAUAACAUGUUUAUCCUGUCCCUAGAAUAGGUUAGGAAUAAGAUAUUAGGCAAGAAAAGAUGGCUCAAUUUGUAAGCGAAACUCACGUCCAAUAAAGCUUCCCAGUUUAAAUGGUAAAUACGAA